AACAACCCUGUAAAAACGAUAUGGUCUCGCACCCAGUGCAACAUCAUCAAAUCCUCAGCAGCAUUUCAACAAUGUAGAGAAGUUAUGUCUCAGUCUCAUAUUGACAGAUAUGUGGCCGACUGUGAAAAAGCUACCUGCUGGUGUGAUGGAGACAGUGACAGUGAUUGCCUGUGUGACACAAUAGCUCAUUUUGCUGUUGUUUGCGACAGUUUAGGUCACCCCGUGGAGUGGCGCCACCAGAAUUUGUGUCCUGUCCAAUGUGGUGGAGACAUGAUUUACAGUUCCAGUAACAGACCGUGUAAAGCCACAUGCCUAGAUCUCAUUAACAACUCAACACAGUGUGAUGUUCUUGGUGGAGUUGAGGGAUGUUUCUGCCCACCUGGAACGGUGUGGCAUGAAUCCAGAUGCAUUUCUUCUGCCCAGUGUCCAUGCUACGAUGGCAUGUACUUGUAUGAUUCUGGAACUGUAUUGAAAAAAGAUUGUAACAUUUGUGCCUGUGAGGAAGGAAAAUUUGCUUGCAGACCAACAAAUUGCUCAGAAUGUCUUCAAGAUGAAUUUAAGUGCAUAACCAAUGAAAUUUGUAUUCAUCAGUCAAGUGUCUGCAAUGGCAUCUUUGACUGUUAUGAUGGAUCUGAUGAAAGCAGUGACCUAUGUGACAAGAAAAACUGCACUAGUGAACAGUUUCAGUGCAAGCUCAGUGGUGAGUGCAUAAACUCCUCCCAGCUGUGUGACGGUGUUGCUCAUUGUGAUGAUGGCAGUGACGAAGAUAAAGACAAAUGUGGAG